AUGCAAAGACAAUUUAUAGUAAAGUAUACCAAAAUAGGUGAAGUUAAACAAAUGACAUCUAAAACAGAAAAAUCUAGACGACAGAAAACAAUGUUUUAUUACUUGACAAGACUCAGUAAACAUACAAUGGUCUGUAAAAAGUUCUUGGUAUCUCGGAGAGGACUGUUAGAACAGCACUGGAGAAAGUCCAAUGAUUGCGGUAUUGUUGCAUCAGAUAUGCGAGGAGGCAGACAAUCAGAAAACAUUAAAAAUAGAGACUCAGCUAUUCACACAGCCAUAGAAAAUCACGUUAACAGAUUUCCAAGGAUAGGAUCCCAUUAUUAUCGAGAAAAGAGUACACAAGAAUACCUUCAUUUCGAUCUCAGUAUUUCGAAAAUUUAUUCGUUAUUCUUAGAAGAACUGACUGCAAGCGAUGAAUUACCAAGCAUCACUACUUAUCGUACUAAGAACUUGUCCUUCCACAGGCCAAAGAAGGAUCAAUGCUCACUGUGUAUGACAUACAAAGAUCUUUAUGAGAAAUGCAAUUCAGAGAAAUUGAAAGUAAGAACAGUAAAGAACGAAUGCAAACUCAGAGCUGCUACUGACGAAGUGGUACCUUUGACCUGCAACAAGUUCUUUAUUUACCAAAAUAUAAUGACGUUAAGGUUUUCUACAAAACACGCCUAUCUAAUUUCAAUUUAA